GGGCGUCGAUACCAGCGCGAAACGCACGUGCCGCCUACCUAACCAGGUAAGUAGGAAAAGCAAGCGCCAAGGUCAACAGCGAACGUGCUAACCCCAUGUUCGGAGCAGAGCCUGCCUGCUGCGACGAUAGGUAUGCAGAAGCACGGCACAGGCAUUGCGGCGUUCAGAGCGCGAGACGAGGCAAGGCGGGCUAGGCGUGGAUACCGUAUCGUGAUGACGAGGCUGGCAGUGGCUGGGCCGUGGUUGGCGGGAAUGGGGUAUGUAUAUGUAUGUGUAUGUAUAAUGGUUGGGUGGUUGAUGCCUCUUCGGAUUUUUUUUAAAUCGCUCGCUGGGAUUAUGGCCGCAGUGCGGGAGGAAACGGAUGGGUAUGACGAUUGAAGGCCCAGCUUCAUUCCAGGCACCGUGCGGAAGAGCGCGGCAACAAACGCUCCGCGUGGCUGCUUCGGCGACAUAGGUCCAUCAUCAGCAGGCGGGCGGAUC